ACAUAUUGAGUUCCUCACUCACUCAUAUCAAUUCAUUAUCCUCCUUUAUCUUUAUCUGAGUUCUUUAUCCUAUUAUGAUUAUUAUCAGAGAAUCGCUAUUAUUGGACGAGGCAGAGAGAAGACUACUUACUUCGCUAGAAAGAAAGAGAGAGAGAGAGAGAAAGAAAUGGGUUCAAAAUCAAACCUCUUCGUCUUCGUCUUCGUCUUCGUCUUCGGAAUUGGAAUCGGAAUGGGUCGUUGUUCAUCAGAAUCACCAGAGAUCCCAACCCCAACCCCAUGGCCGCAUCAAUUCCACUCGAUCCUGAUGAUGAACUACUCGGGAAUACUCCAGAUAAUAGAUCUGUGGUACGACUGGCCCAACGGUCGCAACUACAACAUCAUCCAGCACCAGCUGGGCAACGUGCUGUACGACCUGGAGUGGAACAACGGGACCUCGUUCUUCUUCUACGACGACCGCGCGGAGAAGUGCAGCUCGGCUCAGCUGGAGGUGGGGAUUCUGCGGCCCAAUUGGCUGGAGGGGGCCAAGUAUCUAGGGCAGAGGGAGGUUGACGGGUUCUUGUGCAACGUGUGGGAGAAAGUGGAUUUCAUAUGGUACUACGAGGAUGUGGUGACGAAGAGGCCCGUGCAUUGGGAGUUCUACACUGGCAGAAAUGCUCAUGUCAUGACCUUCGAGGUCGGUGCUGUGCUUGAGGAUUCUAAGUGGCAAGCCCCUCCUGACUGCUUUGAUCAUCAAUCUCAAACCAAACCCAAACCCAAAACCAAAACCAAAACCAAAACCAAUCAUCUUCCAUUCCCACAUUUCUCCAUUUCCUCCAAGAUGAUUCAUCGUUCUCACUCUUCCUCUUCCUCUCUCUAAAAUGUCAGAUGUAAUGAUCAAUAAUAAUAGGGUUGUACCUUUUAUUA